AUGACCCAGCAGGACCAAGAGCUCGAGCAGAUCAAAUCUAAGAUCCAGGAUCACCUAAUUUCAUCGGGAAAUUAUGACAAAAUCAAUAAGCAGUUGAAGUUGCAGUUGUACGAAAGUGGCUGGUAUGACAAGAUCAGUCAAAUGGCAUUGAACGAGUUACAGAAUAACGAUAGCUCGAAUUUCGAGCAGCUUUUGAGUUUCAUUAAGCCCAAGGCCGAACAAAUGGUCCCGGGAAACGUACGAGAAGACACUCUUGGCCGGAUCCGGGAGUACUUGGACGACGUGAUCCAGUGA